AUGAGUAGACAAGGAGCUCACGAAUGGGGCGACAGGCCUCCGCCUACUGGACCGAAGGCCCGACCCCCAAACAAGAAGCGGCGUGCCGAAGCCCACGCUACUACUGACAGCUCGGAACCCUGGGUGAGGCCCGAAUCUCAGUCGUACAGGCCAGCGCGCUCUCCGUCGCCGAAGCGGCACAAGCCCGAGCCUCCCUCCGGCAAUGGGAUCGCCAUCAAGGGCUCGGCUGGCAAUCGCCACUAUUCGUCCGCUAGGGAGGAGGAGGAUAAUAGAGGCCCUCCAGCACAGCUGGGAGAUUACCAAGUGCGUCGUCAGUCUUCGGCUGGAGUGGAGGAGAGGGCCACUGGUGGUGGAAGGGGCGUGGCCGAUGUCGAUUUCCGGGGUGAUAUGCCGUUCCCGGACUACUUUCCAGAGGCCACGCCUUGGGUCAUGGAUCGUGUCAGGCACGAGUUCCGCAAGCUUUGGGAGUUCCUCGAGCUGCCCAACCUGCGACCUGUGACGGCGACGUGGCAUCCUCUUGUGACGGCCACCUUGAGCGAGCUAGGGCGUGUGGAGAGCUUUUGCGACUUUAUCAAUGCCAGGAGGCGGGAGCUCCACGGCCAGACGAUGGACUUUAAGAGGCAGCUGAACAAGUUUGAGAGGGACUACAAGGCGCAAUCGGAGGAGAUGGAAGGGUUCAAGAAGGAGACGGACAAGUUCAGGAGACAGGUCACCAAGCUGGAGAAUGAGGCGGAGGUCUACAGGAAGCAGAUUGCCAAGUUGGAAAGUGACAACAGCCAGCAGGCGGCCGAGGUGGAUGGUCAGAACAAGAAGAUCAGUAAGCUGGACCAGCGCCUCAGCAGACAGAUCACGGAAACGGAGAUCUGCAAGAAGAAAGCGGACAAGCUUGAGGAGGACUGCGCCAAGCAAGCCGCAGACAUCGAGGCCUCCUACAAGAAGGAAAUCGUCAAAUUGGAGGAGGAUAAGAGUAGACUGGCUGCCGAGGUUGAGGGCUACAAGAAGCAGAUCGGCGAGGGAGAAACGGACAAGAAGAGUCCUGGUGUGGGAUCCGAAGGUGGUCAAGCUCAGGUCUGCAAGCCGGAACUAGGAAGGAUUCCGGUCGUGACACAGGAAGACUACCCGCCGACGGCGCCAAGGGGCCCCAAACACUGGGCCAAGAAGAAUGAUGACCGAACGUCAAGAAGCCCUGCCAAGGACAGAACCGGGGAGAUCGAGGACUACAAAACGCAGAUUGGGAAGCUGGAAGAGACCUGCAAGCAACAGGUCGCUCAAAUCAAAGGCUGUAGAAUGGAACUUGAGAGGUGGCGACAGGACUCUCACAACUGGAGUGCAGAGAAGGAACGAUACAAGGUGGACAUGGGACAUCUUCGGCAAGACCUUGGGAGGCUUGAAAAGGAACUCGACAGUGUUGUCGCUCACAAGAACAGGCGGGGUGAUACUAUUCGCCAUCUCGAGGCUAAGCUUGCCCGAAUGGCUGCUAAAAAGGACCCUCGUGCGGAACUCUUCCGGGUGCGGGAAGAGAACGAGAAGCUUUCGAAUGAUUACGAUGCCUUGAAGGCCAGUUACGACAACCAACUUGUCAUGUUUCAGAACCUGGAGCGUGUUGCGGCAGAGCAAAAGAAGAAGUUCACCACCAUUCGAGUUGAACACCAGCGCAGCAUCGACAAGAUCAAAGCCGAGAAACAAGAUCUGGAACGCCAGAUAGUGGAGAUUCAGAAGGCUCACAACGGCAACAACCAGCGGUCUCCGGCUGAUCGUGAACUCGCAGCUCCUGAUAUCGACCAGUUAAUGGGUGGAAUGGAGCCCAAGAUGCCACCUGCAGAUGAAGCGAAGCGAUCAACGGAGCAGUUGCCAAAAUCUGCCCAACAGCAUAUCGAUCAAUUGCUCGGUAAAAUCAUGUCGACCGGCUCAGCUGUUGAUUCCUCGACGACACCAGUCGUUCGACAAGUCUCUGUACCCAGUUCAGGAGGAGACACUAUCUCCAUGCCAAAGCCGGCAGGUAUCAGCCAGCCUCAAGAAGGCCAGGCUCAGGGUGUUAUUCGGCUUAGUGCAGAUCACGAGAGCCAAGAGCUCCUUCGCUACCAAGCCAUGGUUCGCGAGAAAGACGAGAGAAUCAAGCAGCUGACAGCUGAGUACAUCGAAUUGCAGAAGCUAUUUGGGGAGAAGAUUGCCCAGAUCGAGAAAGACCUCCAAACGAACAAAGCGAGGCUUCAACAACAGGCCCAAGGACUUGAUGACAAGCCGGGUAGUGACACCGUCAAUGCGAUCCUUAAGAGUCGGGUCGACAAACUGCUUGUCAAGGACAAGGAUAAGGAGACUGCUCUCAAGCAGCUCCGGGACGCCAAUUUCAAGUUGGAGCACCUGGUGGAAGAAAAGGAUGACAGGUAUAAACAGCUUUAUGCCGUCAACGUUACCCUGCAAAGCAUGGUCCAAGAAAAAACAAGCAUCGUCGAGAGGUUGGAAGAGGAGAGAAAUCAGCUUCAGGGAGACGUCCAGGCAAGAGACGUCCAGAUACGAGCAUUGGAAGGAAAGAUCUCCGAGACAGAAGCCCAGCUCUGCGAAGAGGCGGACAAGUCGACGAAACUUCGCCAGAUUAUUGCUCACAAAGAGGCCGAGAUCAGCACUUUGAGAGCGACCAGCUCAUUGCCGGACACGCCAGUGUCGGCAGUUUCCACCGCAAGCUUCCAGAUUCAAAUGCCUCAGGCUGCGAGCUCUGAUGAUGGCAUUCGUGGGGACAACGGCACUGGCCUGGGCCUUUCAGCACAACAGGAGCCCCCAGUUUUCAUUAAGAGAGAACGCCCGGAUCCCGGAUGUGAACUCAUGGCGACGACGGAACAGGACCAGGAUCUGCGCAAGGGGAUAGUUUCGCUUGUCUCGGAGCUGUUCAGCAUUACUCCGAGCCAGAAGUGGACUACUGAUACUAUUGUCAAGUUUGUUCGCUGUCUGGGCUGUGACCAGGACGGCAAUACUGCCCUGAACAACGCCAGGGCCGAGAUGAUUUCGAUCAGCGAUGCUUGGACGCUCAAAGAUGUCUGGAGGCGGGAUUGUGCAGAACAGACUGAGCAGCAGUCAUACCUGACGGAGACCCUGACAGGAAGAUUCACCCACCUGUGUCUGUUGUUGUCUUCAGUCCGGGAAGGCCAUGAUGACAUGAGCACAUGCCAAGUGAUUGGUGAGCUUGCCCGCGGUUUAGUAUCAGCUGAUCACUCUCGGUUCCCCCUCGCAGGGAUGGCAUUCCUUGAGUGUGUCGCGAGCAACCAGGCCAAACCACAGCGUGUGAGGGCUACUGAAGGGCUGAUGGCAAUUCUGAUCUGCGAACUCUGCCGUCACCUCCAACAGAUGCUCCCAGCACCCAAAAAUUACUGGGGAAUCAAGGAGAUCCUCGGGACGACCGAGGAUGAAGCGGCAGAGACAUCGACCAUCUGGAAACUGGCCACGAUUCUGGCGGAGGACGACACUCGGUCGGACCCUCUCGAGACGCGCAAACGACUGGCUCAGACGUGCGGCGACAAGUUCUCAUUCUUCUACCAAGCGGAUGAAGACAACAAGGAACGCGAAAUUGGGCUGCUCUCGUGCGGCACCGGCAUGGAGGACGACGCUAACAGCCAGAUCUUCUUGAUGCUGGACUUUGGAAAACGGUGGAUUCGGAUGGUGGAUUGUAGCCUGGCCUACUUCACUUCCAACCGAGCCGCGCCGCGGAUGUUGGACCUCGUGAUUGCCAGGGAGGACGGUGAGAAAAAGGAGGAAGUGGAGCUCUUCAAGAUUGAGGCAGCUCCCAAGGAUGUCGCUGCCUUUUGGUUGAGGAACAUCUGCUAUGGAGGGUGA